AUCUACUCAACCAAUCGCAAACGUGGCGAGAAGCAUUUUCCAAACGGGUCUGGUGCUGAACAUGAGUACGGAGAUCUUCCAAACGCCAAUGGAGGUUGCUGUCUAUCAGUUGCAUAACUUCAGCAUCUCCUUCUUCUCCUCGUUAGUAGGAGGAGAUGUGGUGUCUGUAAAACUCGACAACAGGUAAAUAGAUAGCCGUACUGAUUUAGUGUGUUAUUGAUGUGUAAUUUGUGCGUAAUAGAUUUCAUUCAAAUAUUUAAUCAAAAUUGUUGUAAUUCGAGAUUGAGAGUCAUAUUUAUUUCUUUGCAAAUAGACUAAACAAAGCCAGGUAAUGCCGGGAUUCGAAUUGAUAUAAUUAGAAAUACCUUAAUGCUGUGCAGUCGGAGUAAUGCAAUUUAUGCGACUCCAAUAUGCGUCUUCAAACACAUAAAAGUGGAUGGAGUAUCUUGAAACAAUCUCGAUACAAAGUAAUCAAUAUUAUGUCAUCCUUUGCAGCGCUGAAUAAUGUAUCUAGCUAGGUUGCAACAACAACAAAAAAUGCACAGUUGUAGAACAAGGGUGGUGCAGGCAGGCUGGUUUUGUCAUACACAUGCCCAAUCUAAAAUAGGUUAGAAGUUGUAGCUAGGUUCAUUCAUGGACACACAUAGCCUAAACACAAAUUAAACAAACAUUUGUGAUGAUGGCAUUACAUGGCAACUGCAUCUCAAAAUACUUAAAAUAAGUUAUCUUGGUGCUGGAUCUGGUGCCAUAAAGGCAGUCUGGUGUCAGCAUCUGUGUGUAGGGCCUCCUGUAGCUCAGUUGGUAGAGCAUGGCGCUUGCAACGCCAGGGUUGUGGGUUAGUUUCCCACGGGGGGCCAGUAUGACAAAUGUAUACACUCACAAACUUGUAAGUCGCUCUGGAUAAGAGCGUCUGCUAAAUGACUAAAAUGUAAAUGUAUGAGAGCAUCGUAGGCCACCAGUUUGUUUUUGUUGUGAUCCAAUGCUCUGAUUUGAUAUGUUGACUUAACUUCUUCUCUCCUUCACAGUGCCUCGGGUGCUAGCGUUGUUGCCAUUGACAACAAGAUAGAACAGGCAAUGGUAUGUAUCAGCAGCAACAUUAUACACUUUAUCAUUCAUAUCAUCAUUCAUAGUAAGCCAGUAACCCUUAAAAGUAGACUGGGCUAUUCCAUAUCCCACCACAUUCAUGCACUUUGCCCAUAGUAAUCAUAUACUAUACGUUGGUAAUCAUAGCAGACUAAUCUUUACUCAACUACAAGUAUAGUACAGUAGAAGCUUCAAGUUUUAAAUGUCACAUUCACAAGUUUAGUGAAAUGCCUUUCUUGCUAACUCAAAACCCAACAAUGCAAUUAUCAAUAACAAUGUAUUACUAGAAAGAAAGAAAAACACACGAGAAAUAAGAAUAAGAAAUAUGAAAGCAUACUAUAUACAUGAAAUAUUUUUAAAAAAGUCAGUUCAAAUACCAUAUUUACAUUGUGCAGGGAUACUGGAGUGAUGGAACGUUAUGUGCCUGCAGCAUUGCAUGGCUACAGUAGUACACGCUAAAUACACGUGAUGUGGCAUGUGACUAUGUUCUUUCUGCUGCUUUCUGAGUCAGACAGGGAGGCAGGCAGAAACAACAGUCAGACUAUUCAAUAUUUAGUUUACUGAUAAACUUUAGACCUUAAUACAGGCCAUAUGGGUACAAAUCUCUGUAUCCAUAUGGCCUGUUGCUACAAGUUACUACAAGUGUUUUGUAAGGCACAGUAGGUUAAGCUUAUGCUAUAAAUCACACUACAUUGAUAGAUUUAUGGUUAGUUUGUAUGAGUUGCAAAGAACUCUCUCUCUCUCUCUAAACGCGGGUGGCAGGUAGCUUAGUGGUUAAGAGCGUAGUGCCAGUAACCGAAAGGUCGCUGGUUCUAAUCCCCGAGCCGACUAGGUGAAAAAUCUGUCGAUGUGCCCUUGAGCAAGGCACUUAACCCUAAUUGCUCCUGUAAGUCGCUCUGGAUAAGAGCGUCUGCUAAAUGACUAAAAUGUAAAUGUAAACAGACUUCUCUAACAGUAGAUCUCAUUCCUUCUCUCCUAUCUUAGGAUCUGGUGAAGAACCACCUGAUGUACGCGGUCAGAGAGGAGGUAGAGAUCCUCAAGGAGCAGAUCAGAGAGCUGGCUGAGAAGAACAAUCAGCUAGAACGUGAGAACAGCCUUCUGAAGAACCUGGCCAGUCCAGAACAGAUGGAGAGCUUCCGGGAACGGGUUCCUUCCGAGUCCGACCCCGACGCUCUGGUCCCCCUGCAGCUGGACAACCAGUACCAACUCCAGCAGUACCAGCAACAAGCCCAGAUGGGACUCCAUAACCCUGACCAGUCCUGCCCCAUCAGCGCUGGCUCUGCGGUAUAGGUGGCUCUGCCUUGGAACUCCAGUUGUAAACUAAUCGUCGCUGCCAACUUCAGUGAAGCUGUCUGUAACAGAUGAUGAAACACAAUUGACGAACGAAGCACAUGAAAAGACUCUAGCUAGCGGCUGUAGGCUGAGGCGAUAAGCUAUGAGAAGCCCGUCCUACGACAUCUAGACUAUUUCUCUUUAGACAAAAGCGCUAAACGAGAGGGCUCAUGUAGCCAGCCGGAGAGCGCUCGCAUUGGGACAGAGGGGAGGCUCCGGCCUUCUGGGGCCAGGAGGGCCAACCCUUCAGCCAUUCUCUACCACCCCUGCUACAGAGGGGGGAGAGGGCUAA